AACACACACACAUACACACCAAAGGAGGAGGGAGGAGGAGGAGGAGGAGGAGGAGGAGACAUUGAUAAAUGAUGAAGCUGCUUUGGUUGUUGUUUUGGGUGGAGGUAUUAACGGGCGUGGGGGGAUUGGGAAAUGGGGCGGACCCGAUAAGCACGGUGGUGGUGGUGGUGAUGGAGAACCGGUCGUUCGACCACAUGCUGGGGUGGAUGAAGGGUCGGAACCCGGAAAUCAACGGCGUGGACGGGUCGGAGUGGAACCCGGUGUCGGCGUCGGACCCGGACGCGGCGCGGGUCUACUUCGCGGACGGGGCCCAGUUCGUGGACCCGGACCCGGGGCACUCGUUCCAGGCCAUACGCGACCAGGUGUUCGGGUCCAACGACACGUCGGCGGCGCCGGCCCCGAUGAACGGGUUCGUGCAGCAGGCGCGCUCCAUGUCGGAGAACAUGACCGCCGCCGUCAUGAACGGCUUCCGCCCCGACCUGCUGCCCGUCUACGCCGCCCUCGUCCAGGAGUUCGCCGUCUUCGACCGCUGGUUCGCCUCCGUCCCCUCGUCCACGCAGCCCAACCGCUUGUUCGUCCACUCCGCCACCUCCCACGGCGCCACCAGCAACGACGCCAGCUUACUGGCGAAGGGCUACCCGCAAAGGACGAUAUUCGACAACAUCCACGACGCGGGGCUCUCUUUCGGCGUAUACUACCAAGACGUGCCGGCCGUUUUGUUCUACCGUAGCCUUCGCAAGCUCAAGUACAUCACCAAGUUCUACUCCUACGCCGGAAAAUUCAAGGAACAUGCGAGCAAAGGCGCUCUCCCCAACUACGCCGUCAUCGAGCAGCACUACUUGGACUCCAAGGCUCAUCCCGCCAACGACGAUCACCCGUCUCACGACGUCUACCAAGGCCAGCUGUUCAUCAAGGAGAUCUACGAGACCCUGCGUGCCAGCCCCCAGUGGAACCAGACUCUCUUGAUUAUUACUUACGACGAGCACGGCGGGUUCUUUGAUCAUGUUCCUACGCCCGUCCAGGGCGUUCCCAGCCCCGACGACAUUGUUGGCCCGGACCCUUUCUUCUUUACGUUCGAUCGAUUGGGAGUGAGGGUUCCGACGAUUAUGGUUUCACCCUGGAUUGAGAAGGGAACCGUUGUUCACGGUCCGAAUGGUGUUCCGACCGCAACCUCGGAGUAUGAGCAUUCGUCCAUUCCUGCAACUGUAAAGAAUCUUUUCAAUCUCUCAUCGCCUUACUUGACGAAGAGAGAUGCAUGGGCUGGAACGUUUGAGGGAAUUUUGCAGACGCGGACCGAACCUAGGACGGAUUGCCCAGUUGAACUCCCCAUGCCUGUGAAGAUCAGGGACGGCGAGGCCAACGAAGAAGCCAAGCUGAGCGAGUUCCAGCAGGAGCUCAUGCAGCUCGCGUCGGUGCUCAACGGCGAUCACCUCCUCACGAGCUUGCAAGAAAGGAUAGCGAAGCAGAUGAAUGUCCGCGAAGGCAUCGCCUACAUGCGGGGCGCCGUCAAGCGCUUCUUCGAAGCAGGAGUGUCUGCGAAGCGUAUGGGGGUCGACGAGGAGCAGAUCGUGAAGAUGAGGCCGUCCCUCACCUCUCGGACUUCGCCUUCGGCCGCAGCUGUUCAUCCUUAACUAGCAAAGAGUUUGUGGUGAAAGAUGCAUGUUUAGAAAUCUUUGUUAGAGAGAUCUACAAAAAGCAAGCAUUAUAUUCUUUAGGAUGAAACGAAAUGCUUGUGAAAUUAUAUAUAGGAUGCAAACUUAGUCUGUAAAUGGAGAUUGGUUAGAACAAGUGGGAAUCAAGUGUUUCUCAAUAUUUAAUCAAUAAAAUAUCUCAAUUAUGUUGUCACC